GUUAUACGGCGAACGCAUCCGCAAUCUCCUUAGCCUAUGGCACCUCUGAAGGAACUCACGAGACUGCUGAAACCUCUUUCACCAAUGAAACCAUUCAUGCUCUUACUUCCUCUAUCCUGGCGGCGGCAGAAGCUCCAGGAGCGUCCAAACGAGAUGCAGCUCUGGUUACAGCCACAGUCUUCUACCUGUUAGUGGCUCUACCUCGAUUCCGUAUGGCAUUACUGGUUCAAACAGUGUUCCAUGUUCUGGGCGCAGCAAUAUACUUUCCACUGCUCUUUAUUCGCUCCACACCAGCAAUUAUCACUCUGGCUUCCGUCGGAAUGGCUUGGGAUAUUGGUAUGAGGCACAUGCAGCGUAUUAUCAACCCAAAGAAGGCGAGGGAAGAGGAGAAAAUGAGGGAAUGUGAGGAGAAACAGAGGGAGGCUGAGGCUGCGGGUGCUGAAGAGGACGACGACGACGAAGAUCAUAAGACCUUGGCUGACCGCCACUGCUCUGCGUAUGAUAGGACAAUCAACACCGCAACUGGCUCCCAUGUUCCAGCUCUGAACAUUGAGCACUUUUUGGAGCGGACGGCGGCGUUCGUUGUCAUUGUACUGGGUGAGAUGGUGCUGAGCGUUGUUUAUCACGCAACGACUUCCCAAGUCGGAUUCCAGAGGUAUAUUUUUCCUGAUUUAUCUCAUUCAAAAUCUAAAUCGGUGUUCUAUAGGAUCUACGGGAUUGCCAUCUGCGGAUUAAUAACCGCGUUCAAUUUAUGCUGGCUCUGGUUUGCUGGGACCAUGUUCACGACACUCCAUUUCCCACUUUGUGCUGGCUUGCUCAUUGUAUCGGCCGCCAUGUCUUAUUUCACCAAGCACGAAACAGAAGCACCUGAAGCCAUUCGGUGGUAUUUCGGAGGUGGAUUGGGUUGCUCAAUGUUUUGCUUGGCCGCAUUGGGCUAUACCCAUCGUGGACUAGAUCCAGAGGGGACCACCAGAAUCAGCAGGAGAGUGCAACUUAUCGUGCGAAUUCUUGUUGGAGUCGCCUUCACUUGUAUCCCUCUUGCUCACAAUCUCUCACCCCUCGAGUUGAUGGGCAUCGGGGCCGGUCUGACUUCUCUCCUCGUAAUGGAAGAGACCUACGGGAAACUCUGGCGGGGAGAACCGAUUUCGAAGCCCAGUGCCUCAGAGAAAGCUGCCGCCGAGGCGGAUGCGAAGAAUGACGAGAUUAUCGAAAGCCCGGUCGAGGAAAAACCACCGCACAGAUCGAAGAGUGAUCAAUGA